UUCUCAUUUUCUUGGAGAUAUAUUCCAAAGUAUAUUAUGUACAUUAAAGUGUUGGAGUUCCUAAAUAAAAUGGAUAAAUUCAUAGAAAAAUAUAAAAUACUAAAUACUCUUAAGAAGAAAUAAGGAACUUAAAUCAAUUAGAAAUUAGAAAAAUGGAAGCUAAAAUCUCUUCCCCUACUUGCCAAAGAAAAAAAACCCAGGCCCAGUGGUUUUGCAGGUAAGUUUUACCAAACUUUCAAAGAACAGAUGAUUCCUAUAUUUUGUAAAAAGUUCUCCUAGAAAAUGAAAAAAAGAACAAGAGCUACUCGGCUCAUUGUAUUGAAGUUAAUGUAAUCCUGACUCCAUAACUAAAUAAGUAUAAAUAAAAUUAUAAUCUCAUUUCCUUUAUGAAAUAGUUGCAAAAAAUCCUAAACAACAUAUUAACUAAUGAAUUAUCAGUGUAUUUUUAAAGUGAAUUACAAUUGGGUGGGACUUGUAACAGGAAUUCAAGCAACAAUUAUCAUGAAAAAAAUCUAAUAAUAUAACAUAUGAAUAGGGGAAAUAAUUAUUGUCUCAAUACAGAAAAAUCCUUUGAUAAAUUUAGACGCCUAUUUGUAAUUUAAAAAAAUAUAUUGACAAACAAGGAGUAUACUUCCUUAAGCUGGUUAUAUACCAAAAACCUACAGUAAAGAUUCUGCUUAAUGGAGAAAUUGUUGAUACAUUCCACUUAAGAUUGGGUGGAGAAAAAACCACUGCCUAGGGGCCUAGGGUUGUGGCUCAGUGGUAGAGCACUUGCCUAGCACGCAUGAGGCACUGGGUUCUGGGUUUGAUCCUCAGCACCACAUAAAAAAAUUAAAUAAAUAAAUAAAGAUAUUGUGUCCACCUACAACUAAAAAAUAAAUAUUAAAAAAAAACACUGCCUACCAUCACUAUCUCUGGUUAACAGUACUGGAAGCACUGGUCAAUGCUCUAAAGAAAGAAAAAGAAACUAGAAGCAUAAAUUCUAGAAAGGGGAAGAUAAAUGGUCAUUAUUUUAUCUACUUGGAAAAACCAACGGAGUCAACAGAACAUUAAGACGAAAAAGAAAGUUCAGCAAAGUUGCUAGAUUCAAGAUAAAUGUUAAAAAAUUUAAUAGCAUUUCUCCAUAGCAGCCAUAAUCAACUAAAAAUAUAAAGAAUAAGAUAGCAUUUAUACUAGCAACAAAAGCUGUGGGCAAUUUUUUGGUUUACUUAAGAAUACACAGAUGUUCAUGGAGUAAAUUAUGAAACUAAGAGGAUGGAAAUAAAGGAAGAGAACAAGGAGGAAGCUACAGGGCCCUUCAUAACCUCGUUUUGGCUGUUCCACUGGUGCUGUGCUGGUUCUGUUUGUUGGCAGCAAUUCCUGUGUCUGGCCCUAGCUUAGGCGGGAGGGAUUAGACUCUGCAGGUAGAAGAGGAGACUUUGCACACAUAUUUUCAAACACCACUCCUCCUAACAAAAGAAUGUACAUCAAACACUGGAAAGGCUGCAUAUGACAGGGAGAAUAAUGAGAAUGCAAUAGAAGGGAAUGGAAGAAAGGGCGAGAGGGAGGAAGGCUGACUUUUGUAUACCAAAGACAACAGUGUGCCAUGAAUUGAUGUAGAUGUUUAAUUUUCUGCCCUGGAAUGAAAAAAAAAAAUGGCAUUCAUCUUUUCAGUCUCCUUACUAAACAUUUACAUAGCACAUAACCUUAACACACAUCUUUUGGUUUUUGGUGUUUUAUUUUAUUAUAAGUUAUUUAUAUGCAGUGCUGAGAAUCGAACCCAGUGCCUUGCACAUGCCUAUAACCCCAGUCCCCAGGCUGGGAUCUUAUUAUACAUAUUGAUCUACUAUUAGGUUUUCUCAUUUAACAUUGUAUCCUGAGAGUUUUUUCAUGUCACUGUAAAUACAGAGGUUUGUCUGAUUUGUUUUACACAUUAUUCCAUAGUGUGGAUACACCAGGAAUAUAAUUGAUCAAUUUCCUACUGAUGGACAUUCAGGUUAGUUUUACUUAUCUUUCUUUUUUCCUUUCUCUCUGUUGGCUGGAUGGGUCUUUCACUAUAUGAGCAUCCAAAUUUGUACUUUACUUAUAUUGUCUCCCCUGGACUUCAAGACUAAGGGACCAGGAACAUGCAAGAUGGAGUCUGCUGUAGGCAGAGUUUGUUACUUGAGGACAGGCAGGGCCACUGUGGCAGAUUUUCUAUGCUUCAGCUUCCUUCCUCCUACUUAGCCAUAUAAGGGAUGCAACUCUACCAGGGUCCUAGUCUUUGUCUUCCAAGGCCUUCUUGUUUAGCAAAAGGCAGACGUGUGAGUGACCCAUGGGAGGCAGAACAGCAUACAGAGAGGGGAAGCCUCCUGUCUCACUAACUGUGCCCGUUUUUCAUCCUAGCCCACCACUCACUGGAUUUGACACUGGGCAAGUUAUUUCACCUCCCCCAAAUCUUAGUUUCCCUACAUCUAAAAUGACUAUUUUUUUCCUCAUAGGGCUACUCUGAUAAACAACAGGAUUCAUAUAAUGUUCCUGGCACAUAGUGAUCUGUGAACAUUGAGUUUUCAGGAAACUAGCCAAUCAGGUGGGGACACAGGUUCUCUGAGGUUUUAAGUCUUCAUAAAUGAAGAGCAGAGCCCUGAAGAAUGGGCAGCAUUCCCCUGGCAGAGCUGGAGGAAAGCAUUUUAGUGCACAGAAAGGUAGAAGUGAAAGUCCUGAGUUGGGGGCGUGUUUGGGGGUGCGGAGUAGUGUCCUGUGGCUGGCUGGAGGGUCACAUUCAUUAACCAGAGGAGGAAAGGCCUUUCUAGGAUGUAUGCAGGUGGUCUUCUGGCACAGAGGACACAAAUCCAGGACACCUCCAGGGACUUGUGCCUCAAAGCUGAAGCUGCAGAUCCACCACAAGACCACCGUUGGGGUCAGCCAUGACCCCAACCUCAUCUCUUCCCUCAUCCUCCUGCCUUCUUCAGUAUGGGCCUCCUCCCAGGCUUGGCCACUCCCAGCAUUCAGCACCCCCACCCCUCAGCAGGGUUGGGAGGCAGGCGGAGGAUUUUCGCGGGGGCUGUGCUGGGUGGGCAGUUUUCCCAGAGCAAGGAACGAAGCUGGACUGAGUUGGCGCCAGCUUCCUCAGAUGUAGACAUCGCUGGCUGAAUGGCCAGCCUGCCCCAGCGAGCUUGAACCCAAGGACUCCCUCAGGCACUGUGCUCCUGAUCUGAGGGCUGCAGCCCUAUACCUCAGGGGAGUGGCAUGCCACAGAGGGAGGCCAGAGGGGCACCAGCAAUGCCAGGAUUGGGGCAUGGCCGGGCUAAGGCCAAAGCACAGUUGCUGCCAGGCACUAACAAGAAGAAGAGCCGCCUUAGCAGGACAAGGCAGGACCUGUGGGAAGAGCCCAGCUGGAGUGACCAAAGAUGGUGCAGAUCUUCCCCUACCCCUCGAGGGGCCAGAGCUAGAAGCCCGGCUCGUGGCAGGAGUGAGGCCAGUCCUGAGAAUGCAGCACGGGAGCGGAGCCGAGUAAGGACGCUGCGCCAGGCCUUCCUGGCCCUGCAGGCUGCUCUGCCUGCUGUGCCUCCUGACACCAAGCUCUCCAAGUUGGAUGUGCUGGUGCUGGCCACCAGCUACAUUGCUCAUCUCACCCGCACUCUUGGCCAUGAGCUGCCCAGUCCUGCCUGGCCACCCUUCCUGCGUGGACUCCGCCACUUGCACCCUCUCAAGAAGUGGCCCAUGCGAUCUCGUCUCUAUGCUGGAGGUCUGGGAUGCUCUGGCCUCGACUUCACCACAGCCAUUGCCUCCUGCCAAAGAAUGAGGGAUGAAGAGAUGGGGUCUCAAGUCUCUGGAGAGGCAGAUGUUCUCCUUCUUACCAGGCCACCCUCACCAGCUCUUGGUGACAAAUGACUACUGUCACACUCAUCCUGUUCUCCUAGACCAUGCUUAGGAACCUGAGUUUUCUACCAGCACCUACCCAUCUUCUCUCUAACUCUCAGCCAUUGGAUUUGACUCUGGCUCAUCUUCCAAGGUCUAGUCUGCAGACCAAGUGAAGCAGCGGUGGAGAGUUCCCAGGAAGCACAGAAUAGAGAGCCUCACCCUUGGCUCUUCUGUGGCAGCUACAAGGAAGUGGGUGAAGAAUGGGUUUGACUUGGUUCAAAGUCAAGUGAGGCACCAUCCCUCCUUUCUCUCCCCUAAGGCUCCUACAAAUCCUCUGCACACAGGUAGAAGACAAAAAUCAUGGCGCAGGUGCAGAAGGAGGGGCCAGGAUGGCAGCUGCCACAGGUGCUGAUGGGAAAGCCAGGGGGCUUCAUAGGUUCUUGGUAGCUUUAAGUGUGAAAAGACCUGGGCCCGUGUCACAUAGCCAGAGGGAAAACAGAAGAAAGAAAUAUGCUUUUUUAUAUGGCACUGUGAGAUGAUUACCCAACGUCAAAGAGGCAGUGAGGAAUUUAGGAUUCUUGUCUCAGGAUGCUGCGUCUCUCCAGCUGCCCCUCAUCACUACAUUUUCUCCCUCUCUGGGUUUUGCAUCCUUCCACUGUUUCUGUUUUGACAUGAGUUAUAUCUACAGGUUAAGACAUAAAGCUUACAUUGCUUACGUUCCAGUUUCUGGAGAAAGUUUUAGAUAGUCCCAGCUGUUUAGUUUGAGAAGAUCUUAUCCCAGAGGCAACUCUGUCUUAAUGGAACCAGGCAACCAUUCAAGGCCCUGCCUAUGCAGGAUGCUGAUAUGCCCAUUUAAAUCCUCAAAGGACCUUAAAAAAAAGAAUGUGCAUCAACCCCCUUUCCAGGGGUCGAUCCUUACAGUCUCCUCUUUCCAUUAUGUCAGAAACCUUACCUCAAAGGAAAACAAGACAGGUCCAGGGUCAGCGGGUUCCCAGUGCUGUUAUUGUCUGAGGUUUCAUUGACUCUGGAGUUAUUUCUACAAUCAGUCUGUAAAUUAGCUCCCUAGGCCAGAUUCUCCCACAGCCAUCAUCCCACCAGGCUGUCCCUAAGUCCUGUCUUGAGACGCCAGAAAUGUGAUAGCUCUGUAAUGGAAUUCAUCACUGGUCCUGAAGAAAUAUUUUGAAGACUAAUCACAGAGUCUACACACAGAGAUGAACUUUCUAGGUCAGAUGAAGCUUCAAAGCCAGCACCUGAAGUGCAGGCAGGGAAGGAACCAACUUUUUGAUAAAUUUCAGCAUGUAGGCAGACUUAAGUCCCAACAGGGUAUGGUUAGUCGCAAGCCAUCACUGUCCUCAUGAGUGUAAAGGUCUGGGGCAGCUGGGAAGAACUGGGGUCGGUCCUCCACAGAGCUGGCUGGGAGCAGGGAAUAGCGGGCAGGAGUGACUCAGCAAGCUGAGGUGGAGGUAGGAAAGGAGACACAGUACGUCCCAGCCUGAGCCACAUGGGAUGUGGGAGCAGCUGGACUGUGGAGGGGAGCCAUGGGAGGAGGCCUCAGCCAAGGCCGAACACAUAAAUCUGCCUGGAACCCUGUCUCUGCUGAGAAUCCUGCAGAGCUUGUGCAGAGCUGCUUCUGGGCAGCUAGACGGGGCCAGGCAGGGGCAGAGACCAGGUGUGGGAGGGCGAGAGCAGUGUUCUUCACAAGACCAUAAAAGUCCAGCUUGAGUGUUCUAUUUUUAAAGCUGAAUAGCAGCAUCUUCCUGGUUGAGUUGGAGGGGGUAAGAAAGGUCUCCGAUGAAUUUCGUCCUGAAGAGUGGCACACAGUCUCUUUCUGGGCAUGAAGGAACUGACUUUGGAGUUUUAUUCUGGGGUUCCCUGAGACCCUGGAACUUCUAAUAACUGAGUAGACUUUGAUCUGGAGUUUUCCCUGCCCCACCUGGCUCGGACUCAAGCCUUUGCCUCAUAUCAUCAGACUCUGGGUGACCAUGUCACCCUGGUAUAGAAGACAAAGAGGGCAAAGGGAUGAACCUGGUGAGUCUGAAGAAGGGCAGAUUCCAUCAGGACAGUUUCUAAGGCUGUCUCAAGCCCUUUCUAGGCAAAGUUGUUUUCCUUAGUGCCCAGGACAAUCCUUUGUGGUCUGGGGGUCAUCUUCCUCAGCUGGACAACCAACAUAGUCAGGCCAGGGAGCCAAAGGAAUGCUCAGAGGAUGACUGGCCUUGCCCUCCUUGAUGAGAUGAUGCUGGCCUUGAGGCAUGUCAGGUUGCAGACCAGAAUCCAUGAACCACCCAGAACCAGGUGUAGCCCCUUUGCCUCUGCAGCAGAGCAGGUGGUGUUUAUUCUAGGAGCUAGGGAGCAUGGGUGGAUGAAGCGCUAGAGGCAGCAGAGGCAGCUGAGAUCCCCUAACAGCAAAAGUAUGCAGGAAAGAAGCUGCUAUGUUCUAAUAAAACCCACUUGUUUAAGUAUUAUUUGUGGCUGCCUUCCUGAUACCAAAGCAGAGUUGACUAACCCAGACAGACUGAAAAGCCUAAAAUAUUUACUCUCUGUCCCUUACAGAAACAGACUGCUGACCUCUGCUCUAUCAGGUAUCAAAGGUAUCAGGGGUAUUCAAAAUCUGUUCUGGAAACCUUGGGUGGCCAAAUAUAUUUUUAUAUUAUAAGAUGCUAUUUACUGGGCUGGGGUUGUGGUUCAGUGGUAGAGCACUUGCCUGGCAUGUGUGAGGCACUGGGUUCAAUUCUCAGCCCCACAUAUAAAUAAGUAAAGGUCCAUCAACAACUAAGAGCUGGUAAGAGUGGGCAAGGGUGGUGAAGGGACACAUGUAGGAAAGCGAGAGACCCUGGUUGGGUCCCCGCUAAAAGGGAGCCCAGCCAGGCCAGUGGGGGAGCAGGGAGGAGCAUAGUGCAGAGCCGGAGUGGGAUAGGGCAGCAGAAAGGCCAGGCUGAGCUGAGCUGAUCCCUGAGCCAGCCCAGCCUUGUGGAAGGGCAGCUGCUGGGGACAGUCCCUGUUUAGGCACAUGACUAGAAAAAGGAACACUGGAGAGAGGGGAUAGAAAAGGGGAUAGGAGGGGACCUGGGAGGCAAGUGGCAUCUGCAGACAAGAGAAGGGGGUGGGUCAUGUGACAAUGGGUCCCACCUGGCUGUGGCUUCUGCAGCAAAGCCGCUUCCAACAGGACAAGGUCAGGAGGGAGAGAAAUCUCAGCAGCACACGGUAAUGGUCCAAGAUCCAGGGGUUGGCCCUGCGUGCCUCCAAAGGCAAAGGAGCUUGUGAGUGACCUCUGGGGAAUGUUCCAAGGCAGCAAGUCCUCAAAGCAAGUCCUUGGCUGUCCCUUCAGCAGAGGUCUCAGCCCUCUCCCCACCUCUGGGACCUCUGCUGGGAAGCCUGGCUGUUACCUACAACCAAGGGCUCUGAAGGGCAGAGUCCUUCCUCCCCGACUUCAGAGUUCUUGAAAGCCCCCCAGCCCCUCCUCACUGGUGAUCCCCCACCCUCGAUGGUAAGCAGACCCCCCCCUCAAGCUCCCACACCAGCAAGUGGCCUCAAAAAAAAAAAAAACACUAUUGUUCCUGCUUUGUUGAGGGGCCCUCAGUGAGAUAAGACAGAAGAAAUAAAAGAAUAGGUACAAAGGAAACCUAAAAGAAAGGCAAGGACAUAUAAUUUGAAUUUAAAGUUCCAUAUAUUUUCCAGACCUGGCACUUCCCAAAGCAGUCUCUCUAUCUAUAUCAUCCUGAGAAUGACCAGACCACCAUAAGCCCCCUCAAGAUCACCAGACUGAUGUCAUCCCAUGUCUUCCCAUAUGACCUCUCACCAGGUUUAUUUUCUUUCUUUCUUUCUUUUCUUUUCUUUCUUUCUUUCUAAUAUUUUUUAGUUGUAGAUGGAUAUAAUACCUUUACUUUAUUAUUAUUAUUAUUAUUUUUUAAUAAUCGAAUCCAGUGCCUCACAUGUGCUAGGCAAGCACUCUACUACUGAGCUCUUCAACCCCAGCCCCCAGGUUUUCUUUAAAAGGGGAGUUGGUGAUGGCCCACAUUUUCCCUUGAAUGUGUGUUCCUUGCUUUCCUAAAUAAACCUGUGCCUCCAUUGACAUGGG